UCUACUAAGUAACUAGAGCUAGGCAAGGCCAAUUUGGAUAGACUACUCUCCGGACAUGAGGAGGAGGGCAUUUUACCUUCAACUCCCCAUCUGUGGAUUUCACAUAGCAUUCUGUCAUGGAGAUUGCAAAGGACUCAGUUAUAUGUCCUCUUCUCUCCUCAGAAAGAAGGCCAUGCACAAUCGAGCCUGGAGAAAUCACAGCUCUGUAACUGAGUUUAUCCUCUUGGGCUUCUCCAGAAACCCCAGAACUAAUUGGAUCCUUUUCUUCCUCUUCCUCUUCCUCUACUUAUUUACAGUCCUGGGCAAUGGGCUCAUUGUUACCCUGAUUAGGAUAGACGCUCGUCUACACACACCCAUGUACUUCUUCCUCAGUAUCCUCUCCCUGCUGGACCUCAGCUAUGCUACCACAACAGUGCCCCAGAUGUUGGCAAUUUUAGUAAGCAAGAAUAAGACCAUCUCUUACACUGGGUGUGUAAUCCAGAUGUACAUUUUCUUGACACUAGGCAUCACUGAGACCUGGAUUUUUGCAGCUAUGGCCUAUGACAGAUAUGUUGCUAUAUGUUAUCCACUCCAUUAUGGAGUUAAGAUGAGCCAAACCCUAUGCAUAAUGCUGGUGGCCAGCUCUGCCCUUUGUGGUCUUAUCUGUGCCCUUGUCUACACAGUCUUUGCAAUGAAUCUUCCCUACUGUGGCCCCAAUGAAAUCAACCACUUCUUUUGUGAAAUCCCCGCUGUCUUGAAGUUGGCGUGUGCAGACACAUCCCUCAAUGACCAAGUGGACUUCAUCCUGGGUUUCAUCUUGCUUUUGAUACCAUUAUCCCUCAUCCUAGCCUCGUACGUUCGUAUCUUCAUAGCCAUUCUGAAGAUCCGUUCCACUCAAGGGCGGAUGAAGGCCUUCUCCACCUGUGCUUCACACAUCACUGUGGUUACCAUGUUCUGUAUUCCAUGCAUGAUCAUGUACAUGAGACCUGGUUCUGAAGCCUCCCCAGAAGAUGACAAGAAGUUGGCCUUGUUCUAUAAUGUCAUUUCUGCCUUUCUUAACCCCAUUAUUUACAGCCUCCGGAACAAGGAUGUGAAGAGGGCUUUUCUCAAGUUGAUUGGAAGGGGUGAGGACACUCAGUAGGCCAUGGAGCAAGGCUGUCUGCAGCGCCUCUGGUCCCUUGGGUUUUCCACCCACAGUUUCGCUGAAGUUCUUGGAGUAAAUGAGAGAGGAUUCUCAGGAUGAGGGAAACACAAGAAAAAAACCUUUCACAUCAAUUUGCUAAUGGAUACGUUAGGAAAAGACUCAAGAAUUGUGCCCAAGAUUUAGCCAUAUCAUUGACCUUCUAUGGCUUUGGAAAAGUCACAUGGGUUUGGAAUAGUCACCUCAUUUCUUCGGGAUUUAAUUUCCAGUUGUCAAGUGUGUUUGGUAAAUAUGCAUUAUGUCCAAAUGAUACUAACUAACAUUACAUUUGUGUAACAGUCACUCAGUGCUUUAUUCUUUUUCUUUCUUUUUGUGGUGGUUUUCAUUUUCUCCUUCUCCUUUUCCUUCUCCCCCUUCUCCUCUUCCUCCUCCUCUUCAUCCUCUUUUUCUUGAGGUGGGGUCUCACUACAUUGCCUAGGCUGGUUUUGAAUUCAUAUGAUUAAGUAAUUAGAUUCCUGGAUAUCUGGAAAUACAGAUGUGUUCACCCUGCCUGACUGAUAAGUAUUUAUUAUUUUAAUUCACAUGUUAACUCUAGAGAUGUGUUAUAUAUCCUUCAUACAAAUAAAGACA